AUGGAAUUUCGAACAGUUCCGAAAUAUCGGAAAUUCUUAAAAAGCUCAAAUAUUACGUCCAUGAGCAGUAGAAAUGAUCAAAAUGGCCGCCAGCCACCGCUGCCAGGACAGCCACCGCCUCUGUCAGACGGCGAUUGUUUAGGUGAAAAUGUAAAUCAAAGUGACAACAAAAAAGAGAUAUGCAGGAACUUUGUUUGGGGUACUUGUAAUAAAAAUGCUCAAUGUAGAUUUCGCCAUGAACUUGAUUUCGAGGAAAUGAAAAAAAUUUUAAAAUUCUGUCACGAUUAUCAAAAUCCGCCAGGAUGCUCACGUGAACAUUGCUCUUAUUUACACACAACUAAAGAAGAAGAAAGUUUAUUCUUUGCAACUGGACAACUUCCUCGAAUACUUGCGGAAAGACACGCCAAUAUGUCAGUUACAGCGGCUGAAACUAUACCACAAAUCGCUUUAUUUAUUCAAGAGUCUCUUGCGGGGCAUAUGCCUCCGCCUCCUCCGCCUCCUGCACCAGCGAAUGCACCUCCACCACCUGCACCUGUAACAAUGUCUGUGACAAGAACAGCUCCUACUAUGCUUCCUUUACAGCAAUUGCUCCCACCGCCACCGCCGCCAACAUUGCCUUCUACUCCAGUGGUACCUCAAACACCUAUAUUUACAGCUCCACCACCACAAAAUGCUGCAACAUUUCCAGCAGCACCUUCACCUUCAAUACUUCCAAUGUUUGAUGGUAGUAGACCCCCACCUCCAUUACCUUCACAUGUUCAAAAAAAUGGUUCAAUAAAAAGGACAUCGCCAAAUCAAUUUGAUGCGCAACCUUGCAAAAUCAGGAAGACGGAGGACGAAAAGGUAGCGGACGCUCAAUGUGAUCAGUGCGUGCAGCGCGGUAUCAGAUUGGAAAGUUAUAGACAAGAAAUGAGUAAAUUACAUAGAGAGGAAGAGUGUCAAGCUUUAAUAUAUAAGCAAAAACUUCAAGAGUUUCAAAAUAUCAAAGAGGUAUUGAGAUCGCUAGUCAGCAGUGAUCUAUAUCAUCUCAUAGAAGAAUAUAUCGAGAGCUUGUCACAUUCAGAAGUUCAUGAAGUCCUAGCUCAACUUAAUCAGUCGUCGACAUUUGUACCUGGCAUAUCUGCUGCAAUGCCUAACCAAUUUUUCAUGCAACUCAUGGACUACGUACUUCGCGGCAGACGAAGUUAUGAAUCGGUACCAUCGUCAAGUAUGAGGCUAGAUGAGCCUUUACUACAGACGUUAAUCGCCCCGAGACGGACCGAUACUACGCCCAAGUCAGACCUUUUGCAGACGUUUGUGGAAAUAUUGAAACAAUCUAACGUCUCAGAUCGGACUUCUUCAAGUGAUUUCAAUGCAGAAAUCCUGAAAAGCAUGAGCAACAGUAACAACGUGAAGGGGUUCCAUCGUUUCUCCAAUGGGCAGAAGAACGAGGCAGCACAAGCUCGUGUUGGGCAGCAGCCCUACCAGUAUGGGCCUCCGCCGCCCGCGCCGCCCGCACCCCCCGCGCCCCCCGCGAGACACUACACGUACCCACCCCCUUUCCCCGCGCCCCUCAGCGGUAGUACAAUGGGGUCAAGUCAGUUAGUGGGGCGCGCGCCGCCGCCGCCGGCCCCGGCCGCGCGCCCCGCACCGCCCGCGCCGCCUGCCACCCCCGCGCCCGCCUGCCAGCCCUACGCCGUGGCGCGCUACCCGCCACCCUUCUACCAACGGCACCAA